AUGAAUCACAGCAACACAACUCGCGCGUGCCCAGUCACGGUCCGCUCGACCCGCUGCAACUACCCACUGCACCUCGGAGCGAGCUGCGACCGGCUACGCUGGGGCCACGCUGACCGCUGCGAGCUGCAGCGGCUGCCCGACGCGGUCGCUGCGUCCACCCACCUCUUCGCCAUGCUCGCCGUGUCUCGAGCGGCGAUCGAUCCGCUGCUGCCGCACUGGCUCGAGCACUACUCCCGCCUCGGCAUCGAUCUCACCUCACGGGCAAUGCUCGUGCUCCACGCGCCGCACUGCGAGGGCAGUCGCGGCCUCAACGAGACGCUCGCCGCGCUCCGCGUGCACGGCGUGAGGCAGCCGAGGAUGUUCCUCGAGACCUGGUCGUCCACGAUCAAGACGAGUCUCGCCACCGCCUACUUCCGCCAGGUGCCCGCGAGCGGGUACCUCAUGCGAGCCGACUCGGACGAGUUCUUCGCCUUCCCGUGCGAGCUGCUGGCCGAGCUGGAGGCAGACCCGCGCGGUCUCGCCGUGCGCGGCACGAUGAUUGACCGCGUCGCGGCCGACUGGUCCAUGCCUGCCGUCGCGCCUCUCGGCGCUCGCUCGCUCAGCGCGCAGUACCCGCGCCGCUGCCGCUUCACGCUGUGCGCGUGGGAGGAAAACGAGGACAAGUGGAUGCUGCUGCCUGCGACCGAUGCGCGGGGCGAGCGCGUCGCCUUCAAAUCGUCCGCCUCCCUCAAGAGAGGCCUCGCGCUCCGCUACCUGCGCUGGGCCUUCUCGCACUACCGCUUCACCGAGGCGGCCGUCGCCCUCACCCUGCGCAAGAGCGAGGAGUACUCGCACGAGGGGCAGCGGGAGUCGAAGCUGCGAGGCCUCGCGUCCAACGGUCGCGUGCAGCACUACCGGUGGCUCUUCAAAGAGGUGUUCGCCGGGAGGAGCGGCGCCGGCGGCGGCUUCGAGAUCAGCGACCGGAUGCGCGCCAAGUUUGGUCACGUGUGUGCCGCCCCCUUCGGUGAGUGACAGUGUGAGUCGGCCAGUGAAGUGGCCAGCGGCAGCGCGUCGCUCCGGAUCUCUCCGGGGAAGCCAACAUUGAUCUAAAAGCCAA